AUGUCCUGCGUCCUCACCCUCCGCAUCCUGGCAGCCCUGGCGGCCUGUGGCGCCGUCGCCUUCCUGGGCUACUGUGUUUACUUCGACUGGAAACGGCGUGGCGACCCUGCGUUCAAGCGCCGCCUGCGGGACAAAAGAAGAGCCCAGCAGCAAAAGGCUGAGGGACGGGGCGCCCAGGUGUGGGAUCCAGCAAGGAAUGAAAAAUUGCAAGAAUUUUUUCUGCAAGAGGUACAGAUGGGAGAACUUUGGUUAUCUAGAGGAGAGCACAGAAUGGGGGUUGAACAUCUCAGCAAUGCUCUUUUAGUGUGUAGGCAACCAAGGGAACUUCUGAAGGUUUUUAAACACACACUGCCUCCCAAGGUAUUUGAGAUGCUGUUACACAAAAUUCCCCUUAUUUGCCAGCAAUUUGAGGCAGACAUGAAUGAACAGGAAUACUUGGAGGAUGAUCCUGAUUGAAAAACAUUUCAACGUCUCCACAGUCCAGUCA